CCCUAUAAUCUCUGCUGGGAGCCUAUUCUCGAAAUAUUUCCGUGCACUGAAGUGGCUUGGUAGGACGAAUUGCGUGUAGGCAUCAUAUAGGCGUUCCGUCAACGGAGUCGAUUCCGCGCACGAAAAAAUUUCGAGAAUAGGCCCCCUGCUCAUCUCCCCUAUAAUCGCUGGUUUUCCUUUCUUCUCCAUGUUCCCCCAUACGCUUUGAUAAUUGAUACUGAUACGCUUACACGCUCACUUGGAACCUAACCUGCAAGAAUUAUUUUGACAUAUCCAGACCAUCCACAUCCAGACCAAUCCAGACAGUGGAUAUGGUAAACAACUGAAUAAAUAACACGUAAACAAUGGAUAAAAUAUUGCUAUUGAAGGAUAAAUAUGAAGCACCCAGUGUUGAAAUGUUGGAAGAGGCACUCAAGCAGCGUCUAAUAGCCUUCAAGCGCAUGGAUAAUGAGCAAGAUCAUCGCUUGAUUGAAAAUGCUGGCAAAAUUGAUGAACUCGAGAAGAAGAAAUUGGAGCUGGAGAAGAGAAUUGCUCAAGAGGAAAACAAAUCCAGUGUUUUGUUGGCUGAUUUAGAAAGACAUAAUGAGAUCAUGAAAGAACGAGAGCAUGAAAAAACCAAAUUGAUCGCAGAGAAUCGUCAGAAAGAAUCAGAGAAGAAUAAAAUUAUGUCAAAGUGCAAAAUACCGAGUGUGACUGAUGAGAAUACUUUAGAGAAUGGACGGAAGAAAUUCGAGUAUUACAAGAAUUUAACUGGUAUCAGAUGGGACCACCCUAUGCUGAAGUCUCUCGUCAAAGGCUAUGUUACAAACAAACAAGACUACAUUCAUCCAUUUUUAUUUGACUUGGAUGACACAAAUUUGGAAAUGAAAUUGUGGGAAGAAAUUUCCAGAAGCACUGCUGCAAGAAAAUGCAAUUAAACUGGAAUUUCAUGUACCAUCCAAAUGUAUUUGACAAUUUUGACAAUUUACUAAUAAAAAUCACUUGAUAUGCA